AUGUUUUUACAUAAUCGUUUGGCACGACCACCGAUGCUGCUUAUAUUAUCCAUUGGUCGACGACCGUAUACGAAGGAUCUCGGUUUGGAGAAUGUAAACAUUGCACUAGAUAAUAAGGGACGAGUACCAGUAAACGAAAGGUUCCAGACACAGGUUCCAUCUAUCUAUGCUAUCGGCGAUGUCAUAGCGGGACCCAUGCUUGCUCACAAGGCUGAAGAUGAAGGAAUCCUAUGCGUCGAAGGAAUUUGUGGAGGACCCGUCCACCUUGAUUAUAACUGUAUCCCAUCCGUUAUUUACACCCAUCCAGAAGUAGCCUGGGUUGGGAAACCUGAGGAGCAGUUGAAAGAGGAGGGGAUUCAAUUCAAGAUAGGAAAGUUCCCAUUCAUCGCAAACUCUCGCGCGAAAACAAACUUCGAUACUGAAGGAUUUGUUAAGAUUUUAGCCGAUAAGCAAACAGAUAGGAUGCUAGGUGUACACAUCAUUGGACCGAAUGCCGGAGAAAUGAUCGCCGAGGCUACUUUGGCUCUUGAAUAUGGAGCAUCAGCCGAAGACGUUGCAAGAGUGUGCCAUCCACAUCCU